CUGUUUGUUUACAUUUCUCUCUGACGUCACUUCCGCAACGUGAUUUUUGACGACGGUGGUUGAAAUCAUCUCCCUUGCAGGGUUGUCAGCUGAGAAAGAUGCAAGGCUUAGGCUGGACUCUAAUACUUCUGUUAGUAGCUUGUACUCAAGGCAAAACAAAAGGGCAAGGAAGACCAACUCGAUGGAUUUCCAAAAAGGAGGCACUGAAAUAUCUCACAGUUCAGAUGGAGGACAUGAAAGGGUUUCGUGAAGAGCGGUUAAAUCCAAUGUUAAUUCCUCGUGUCUCUGGCACAGACAACAAUACGUUGGUGAAAGAGCAUAUUGUGACACAAAUGAAAAACUUGGGAUGGAAAAUUGAAGAAGACACUUUUGAAGAUGAUACACCCUUUGGACGGAAAAAAUUCACCAAUGUAAUUGCAACUCAGGAUGUUAACCGAGCACGGCGCAUUGUGCUGGCGUGCCAUUAUGACUCUAAAGAUUUUAAAACAAUGGAAGGGCAAGAUUUCAUUGGUGCAACCGAUUCUGCUGUUCCCUGUGCCAUUCUUAUAGAGACUGUAAAGCAGCUGGAUUGUCUUCUGCGUAAAGGUCCAAAGGAAACAGUGCAGAGCAUUCUCCUAGGUGAAGACUUGGCUCUGCAGCUGGUGUUUUUUGAUGGAGAGGAAGCUUUUCAGCAGUGGACAGCAACUGAUUCUCUGUAUGGAGCACGGCAUCUUGCAGCCAAAUGGGAGGAGCACUCCCUUCUUAGCCCUGUUCGGGAAUUCAUUCUCUUGGACCUAAUUGGUACAUCAGAUACACGUUUCAUCAGCCACUUCUCUUCCACCAACAGCCUGUAUGAACUUCUGAUGAAGAUAGAAAAACACUUGAGUGAUAAUGCGAUGUUGUCAAACCGCCGUUCGCAGCGUAUUUUUACCAGUAUGCGUGCAGCUGGUGGAGUAGAAGAUGACCACAUUCCUUUUCUAAAAAGAGGUGUUGAUGUUCUGCAUCUAAUAUCUACUCCUUUUCCAUCAGUUUGGCACAAGAUGACAGAUGAUGCUGAUCAUCUAGACUUUGAUCUUAUUGGUGAUUUCAGCCGCAUUUUCCGUGUUUUUCUAGCAAAUCUGCUCCACCUUGAGCCUGAAAAUAUUGGAUGUCGUAAGAAGUAGUUGUUACAGUUUUUGAUGUCAGAGUGGAAGGGGUUAUUGGUCAGGUUGCAUAUAUUUUAUUACUCCGGAGUAAUGAUUUUUUUCUCAAUCCAAUACAAAUAUUAAAAAAUAAAAUACUGACAGGUAUAAAUAUCUUUAAAAUUAGAAAAAAAAUCACAUACCUUUUAGUUUUUUUUUAUCUGUAAGUAAACUUUUUAUGGCAAAUGUUUGGUUACAUACAGAUUGUUCCGAAACUGGGAGUUACUUUUAAGCUGUGUUCAUUUUUUUGAAAGUAGUCGCAAGAAGUUACAUAAUAAUAAGACAUUGUAUACCACAAUUCAUUGCUGUGGCACAACCCAAAUUGCAAAGGUGUGUUGAAUUUUCAUGCAUUUUCUUACCAACAGGAAAGUAAAUAAUCAGUUUAAUUCAUUUUAUCUGGAAAUGUCAGAAAUUAAGAAAUGUCAGCCUAACUGACACUUUAUAGAGUGUUUACAAGAGAUUAUGAUAUCCUCCCUCUCUUCUGGAGAGUUGAGGACUGCAUAGUAACAUUGUGCAGAGCAUGCCUACUGUUCCCAGUAUGGAACUAACGAAGGAAGUCUGUGAUCAUUGUUUUCAUGUUUGUGUGAUUCAGUGUCAUUUCAGCAUAAUGAUUUGUAUGUUAAAAUACGUUAUUGUUAUUUAUAGUUGUUCACUGGGUAAUGUGUGUACAUGAAGUGUACACCAGUUCGUGUCUUUAGAGUUUAUUCAAGUCUGAGGAUUAUUAAUAUUCUAUCACUGCUGCUUGAUUGCUAAAAAUUAUCAAGUGGGUGUGGGAAUUUAAAACAUACUUUUGUUCGGACUUUUAUGUGGUAAAUGGGUGUUUUUAUUGUUGAUCUGAAAACAAGUUGCUAAAAACAGUUAUGUGCAUUGUUUUCCACAACCUAUAUUAUUAAGAAAUUGGUGGCAGUUUGGUUUCAUCUCUAUGAUUUUGUUAUGAUGUUGAUUCCCUCAGAGAUUUCUGAAUUCUGCUUUACAAUUACCUCUCCUUCCUCCCACAUCCUCAAAAAAAAAUUUAGCAGUUAACUGAAUGUUUUAAAUCUGAUUUGGUAGAACAUAGAAGUAUAUUUUAAUGUUUUGCUGCUGAACUUUGUGGGUCAAAAAUAAAAUUUAUACUUUGUUACUAGUGCAAUAUGUUGAUGUGGCAGGUAGAGACAUUGGGGUGCUACUUAUUAAAUGAUUUCUUUCUAAACCAUUUUUUUGCCUAGUGAUAAAACAAUGAUAAAUCCUAAUGUGACUAAAGCUCAAUUAUCAUUUCAAGCAAAAAAAAAAAAAAAAAAGAGGGAGUGGGGAGAUGAAUGUUCAUUGAAAUUUGAACAUUUUAUUUAAUGGCUAUAAGCCCAGGGGCAUUUUUAGUUCAGAAAAUGUGGAUUGUAGAAAAUCUUGAAUUGUGAUUUACAAAAAUUAUUAUUUAGCUAGACCAAGUUUAUUUGAAACCAUCAUUGUUUAACUUUCCAUAAUCACUGAUAAAAAGGUUGUCUGUAGGUGGCAGGUGCUAGAGAAGAACUUUUACAGUGGCACAAGUCCAGUUUGAAUUCUAUAGGUGUAAAAAUUGCAAUUAGUAAAAACAAGAACUGUCUUAUAUUUAUAUAUAUUUUAACAUUGCCUCUCAUGUACUUUUAACUGUAUGCAAGACCUACAGUGCCUUACUGCGUUCUUCCAUCACCUACUCUGACAUAUGUCUUCUCAGGUAAAGCUGCCAGUAGAUUUUACAAUGUUCUGCCAGUUAGAAAAUGGCACAGGGAUUUACAGUACUGUUGUAAGUGAUCUUUGAUGUCUAGUUUGGACUGGGAGUGUUGAGGGAAGUCCCCCUCAUUUGAGACCACACAGAUUUAACUAAAUCAAUGAUAUCUGGCUAAAAAAGAUUGGUGCUGUAUUCAACCAAGGCAUUAUCAUGAAGAUUAGACUUGAAGUCUUAUUAUGUUGCACUGUGUAAUUGUUUAAUACAUGUUUUAUGUAAUGCAGAUUAUUUUCACAAGCAUUUGAAUAUGUGGGAUCGCAGACCUCAAGUUUGUUUUUACUAUUUUAUGUAUUUUUGACAUUUUGUUUGAUAGUUACUGGUAUAGGUUUUGCAAGAACUUGCUAUAAAGGGAGAUCAUAUUAAUAUUUUUAUUUUUGUGAUGAAAAGGUUUUCCAUUAGACUCAAAGCUGUGAGGAUAUAACAAGUCAUGUCUUUAGUUACCGCUAACAUGACUGAAUAUCACCCAUUACGAUGUCUUAUAAAAGUAUCUGCCCUUUGACAACAUUUUUUUUUUCUCCAGAAUUUACAUUUAGCUUGUAGAAGCAGACUAUGCACUAUAAGUUCAGCCUGAUGUACAUUCCAUAUGCAUAUAGAUGGAUAGUUUUUACAGAUGGACCGUGUGAUUGCCAGCCAGCUGAUAGUUGAGAAAGACGGGCUGUCCAGACAACAUUGUGAUAUAAUUACCACUAUUAUUUUUUUAUUAUCUGUAAAGGUUAGAAACUUAUGACAAAGAACUUAUAUUGUGUCAAUUUGUAUUUUAAAAUUGCUUUUGGUAUUUUUGAAGCCUUUGUAAGAAGUGAGUUUUUUUAGUCUCAGUGUUAUCAUGUUUACAAAACAGAUUUGCACAGUAGAAUGUGAAUUGAACGUAGCUGGUACUUCUUUAAAAUGCAGCUGCUGCAGGGCAUUGUCUAGUUGUCUAGUUAACUCACUGAGUACGAGGUGGAACUGUGAAGUAGCUCUGUGACAGCCACAGUGUGCACUGAGCUUGUCCAGUUAAAGCUGUUAGUAUUAUAAAAGGGUAUCUCUUGUUGGAAUUAGGCAAUGGUAUGCAGUGAUAGAAAUCAGUCAUGCUAGACAUCUUCGUGAAAACAAAUUUUACCAUGUAGCUUUGUUUAUAAAAUGGAAAGUCUGUGAAUAAUUAUUAUAUGCAAAAAAUAACAGCUGCCACUGAAACUUACUUUACAAACAUGAAUACAAUUUUUCAGAUACAGGGUUUCUAGAUAAUGACCAGCUGGUACAAGCAGUUCUUUUCUUUUCCCACCAGACUUAAGGAAACAAAUCUAUUUUUCUUAACACUCUUUGUCAGUUUUGGGGUUCAUCCCUUAUUUCUAUGGUUUAGUUAGGUUUCGCGAGCUACAAUUAACAUGCUUUUCCAUUUUUUUUUUUACUUGAGUGGAAGAAAUUUUAAACAAGACAAAUUUAUUUUAUCAAUAUAUAUAUUUAUGUUCAUUUUACCUGACUGUUUCUUAUCUCUGCCUCUCAAUUAUAGUUUAAAAAUAUGAAUGGUUAAAUGAGGAGGAAACACACAGUACAAAAGCAGGUUUGGCAUUUUGCUAGCUUUUCACUGACUCCUUUUGAAAAAAAAAACCCUGUAGCACAUGCUACAGACUAAAAGUGUCCUGCUGUGAUUGCUUAGGAUGACAGUUACUAGAAACCAGAGAAAUCAGAUGCUUCUAAGCAUGGUAGUUGCAACACUCUCCAAAAUGUCUGCACUAGAAAAUUUCAUCUGGAAGAUGUGGGCAUACAAAAAAAUGCAAGACACAAAUGGAGAUGAAAACAUCGGCUUUAUAAUUCUUGAAAACUCUCUGCACAAGAAUAUCUCACCCCUUCUAUAUUUGGGUACACAGAAACCCUCCAUAUUUACCCUCUGUAUCAAUUUUUUUCUUUUAAUGGCAUAAGUGAUGGGUUUUAAAUAGCUUGCUGCCAUAAUCAGCAUGAAAAGAUACUUAAAGUGCACUGGCUUAUGAAUUUUUACAGUCAGACGUUUCAGUUAAAAAUGUAUAAAAAUAGUUGUUUUGUACAUCCCCUUGAAACUAAGGGUCCAGCAUUGCGAGAUUACUAUAGACAUAUUUACUAAACAUUUGACCAAGAAUGCAAUCAAAAUAUUUUGUUGAUUAAAAGAGUAUACAAAAAUCAA